AUGGCUUUCACUUCUAUCUCCUCAAUAUACAUCAAACCUCCUAACAUCUCCACUUCAUCUUCAAAAUCUCCCUCUCCAUCUAAGCCUUUCCGCAUAGCUUAUCAAUUGGACACAGAAGAAGGAAACCAAUUUCCUGAUUGUUGCAAAAGUGGGUACAAGGUUGAUACUCCUAAAUCCAAGAAUUGGAUAAGACUAGUGUCAACUGCAUUGGCAGCUGCAGUUGUUAGCUUCAACUCUGGUAAUUUGCCUGCUGUUGCUGAUCUUAAUAAGUUUGAAGCUGAGACGCGUGGGGAAUUUGGCAUUGGAUCAGCUGCUCAGUUUGGUUCUGCAGAUCUCAGAAAGGCAGUGUAUGUGAAAGAAAAUUUCAGCACACCCACAUAUACUGCAAAGGUUGGGGUUCCUUAUAAUCAGGGGAAAAAGAACAAAAUGAAACCAAAAUUCCCCUUUUGCGUCUUCAAAUCCCCAGCUGUUCCACAUAAUUUGCAAUGCAAAGAUUAA